UGUGCGUACAAGAGCAGGUACUGUUUUGAUGCAACACGUGAGGUUUAAAUAAAAAUGUUCGGCUGCAUUUACGAGAUACAGGAAGUGGAAUAUCCGGAGGAGAGUGCAUUUUAUUUUUUAAUCGUUACUUUGCACCAUCACAAAGCUGGGCAAGCUUGGCAAGCUUACAAACCGAAAGAAAUCACUGCUGUCAUCACAUCGACACCGACGACGGCUGGUGGUAGUUGCCAAUAGCGCGGCCCAGGCACGAGCCCGCGACCGCCACAUCAGGCACCAUGAUGGAGGGGGGCAUGCAGCUGCUCAACCGUGAUGGCCACAGCAUCUCUCACAACUCGAAGCGCCACUACCACGACUCCUUCGUGUCCAUGAACCGGAUGCGACAGCGUGGCUUGCUAUGCGACAUCGUGCUUCACGUCUCCAACAAAGAAAUCAAGGCGCACAAAGUGGUGCUGGCGUCCUGCAGUCCCUACUUCCAUGCCAUGUUUACCAAUGAGAUGUCUGAGAGUCGUCAGACCCAUGUGACCCUUCAUGACAUCGACCCUCAGGCUUUGGAGCAGUUGGUCCAAUAUGCCUACACGGCAGAGAUUGUGGUGGGGGAAGGAAAUGUGCAGACGCUGCUCCCAGCAGCAAGCCUGUUGCAGCUCAAUGGGGUGCGGGACGCCUGCUGUAAGUUCCUCCUCAGCCAGCUGGACCCCUCCAACUGCCUGGGUAUCCGAGGCUUCGCUGACACACACUCCUGCAGCGACCUGCUCAAGUCAGCGCACAAGUAUGUCCUGCAGCACUUUGUGGAGGUGUCCAAGACUGAGGAGUUCAUGCUGCUGCCACUGAAGCAGGUCUUAGAUUUGAUCUCCAGUGACAAUCUCAAUGUGCCAUCCGAAGAAGAAGUGUACCGAGCCGUGUUGACUUGGGUGAAACACGAUAUAGAUGGACGCAGGCAACAUGUACCUUGGUUGAUGAAGUGCGUGCGCCUGCCAUUGUUGAGGCGAGACUUUCUGAUGAGCAACGUAGACACAGAGCUGCUAGUGCGUCAUCACUCGGAGUGCAAGGACCUGCUAAUCGAGGCCCUAAAGUAUCACCUGAUGCCCGAGCAGAGGGGUGUCCUCAGCAACAGCCGGACGCGCCCACGACGCUGUGAAGGCGCCAGCCCUGUGCUCUUCGCCGUUGGUGGUGGCAGCCUGUUUGCUAUCCACGGAGACUGUGAGGCGUACGACACCAGAACAGACCGUUGGCACAUGGUGGCAUCCAUGUCCACUCGGCGGGCACGGGUGGGCGUGGCAGCAAUUGGGAACAGACUGUACGCCGUUGGAGGCUAUGACGGCACCUCAGAUCUUGCGACUGUGGAGUCCUAUGACCCCAUCACUAACUCCUGGCAGCCUGAGGUUUCCAUGGGAACACGACGGAGCUGUUUAGGUGUAGCUGUCCUGCAUGGCUUAUUGUACGCUGCGGGAGGUUAUGAUGGAGCUUCCUGUCUCAAUAGUGCAGAGAGGUACGACCCCCUGACCAGUACAUGGACCUCAAUUGCUGCCAUGAGCACUCGUAGGAGAUAUGUUCGGGUAGCAACUCUGGAUGGCAGCUUGUAUGCAGUGGGAGGUUAUGACAGCUCCUCACAUCUCGCAACAGUGGAGAAAUAUGACCCCCAGAGCAACACAUGGACCGCCAUUGCCAACAUGCUGAGUCGACGCAGCAGCGCCGGGGUGGCCGUGCUCGACGGCAUGCUCUAUGUCGCAGGAGGCAACGAUGGCACCAGCUGCCUGAACUCAGUGGAGCGCUUCAGUCCCAAGACCAACACCUGGGAAGGAAUUGCCCCCAUGAAUAUACGCAGGAGCACUCAUGACCUGGUGGCUAUGGAUGGCUGGUUAUAUGCAGUGGGAGGCAAUGAUGGCAGCUCCAGUCUCAACUCCAUUGAAAAGUACAACCCACGCAGCAACAAAUGGGUCGCAGCUUCCUGCAUGUUCACACGGCGCAGCAGUGUGGGUGUGGCUGUGCUGGAGCUUCUGAACUUCCCACCACCUUCCUCGCCCACCCUCUCGGUUUCCUCCACCAGCCUUUGACACGGGGUCAUCGUUUGGCUGACCUCAGGCUCUGCUGCUACAGCCCAGACUGGCUCUGGGAAGAGACGCAACUGCUCGGUUUGAAACAUGGAGGAUGAGGAGGAGGAGUGCUGGACAGGUAAACGUUUGGAGAUGAGGGGAGCGAGGCUGGGGCCUUGGUACAGUGUGCUUCAGAAUUAGUGACACUCAAAAAAUAUACUUUGACAAUGAAUCUAAAGAGCUGGGUAGUUUUUACUGAUUAUCGAGUACUGUAAUACACAGUAUUUCACAAUCCACUCCUCUCCUCCUUUUCAUUAAACCAGCAAAAGACCAAAAAAAAAUCCUAAAAAAAAAAAAAAUCCACAAAGUGCACAUGUUUUGUGCAUUUGCAGCCUCAGUUUCUUAAUAUCAUGAUUUUCAUUGAUUUUUGUUUGGAUCAACCAAAACUGAGCUUACUGCAUUGCAAAUGUCAUGUAACAAUCUGGCUGUUAUUUUCAAUACUGCCAUUAAUCCUGGACUGCACUGUAUCUGGUCUUGGUACCUCCACUGUAUAGCCAUACAGAUACCAGCUCCUUCCCAUGUGUGAACACUGACCGAUCUUUCCUCAAAACCCACUUUUUCCCACUGCUCUGGUGUUUGACACACUUAGAAAUGCGGUGGGCCCUUAAUUCUGUCAUAUGUGAUGUAAAUGUACUUGGUUUGAUGUUGCUGUCCCUCUGCAAGGUUUUUCUUUGACGUCCAGAGUUUUUGCAAUAACGUAUUUGAAAGAAAAAAAGUGAGUGAGAGAAACUGACUUUACUUUUGGAAUGUAGCUUUUUACUGGUUGUACCGUGCAUGCUUAUGUACUGGCACCAACAAGAUAGAAAAAUAUAUAUAAAUUGUAGUGCUGCUUUGCCACACUAGGUGGCAGUAACAGGCAAUGUUGUAAACCUUCACUGCAAGAGCGCAUGGACACCACCAACAUCGAAAAGCUAGGCCCUCAGAUCUGUAAAUGAGUCUGGAUUUUUGUUUCUUUUCUUUCUUUUUUUUAAAUAUAAAAACAGAUUAUAAAGUAUAUGUAUUUAUAAAAAAAAUGUAUAAAUUCUAAUAUAUAUUCUGUUUGAAAUAUGCUUAGAGAAGAAAAGAGAGCCAACUUAUGCCUAUUUCAGAGUGUUCUUAAUAUAUUUAUUUAGAUCUGUGAUGCGUAUAUCGUCAGUGGAAAUGACAAAGAAUGCCUAAAGUGUGAGAGAGGUGGAUGUGGAGUUUCUCCUGUUGCAUCUUGAAAUGCAGACUUUAUCUUACAUUUAAUAUUUCUUCACUGCCACAAGCAUGACCUCAUUUGACAAUAUAUUUGUGACAAAGGCUUCAGUCACUUGCAAACAUGUUGACCACUCAAUGAAAAGAAUCUUUAUCGUCUUUAAUCCUGCUUCUCGAUUACUUAAAAAAAAAGAAAAACAUGGAGGUGGAUAUUCUCCUCAGAUUCAAUUAAAGCAGAAAGUACUUGUUUAGCUUCAGGAUGUCAACACUCGACACUAGUGAGUAAUGUUAUUGACACUCGGUGCUGUCAUAUUCCCUUUUUUAUUACCUCAUCGUAUAACAACCAUAUAAUUAACCACAAAUAUAAUGUCACUGAACAUGUUGUGGGUGAUUUGGGAAUGUCACCUGCAUGUCUAAAAUAAAUGGUACCUGGGUCAGGACCUGGGUUCAGUUCAUGUGUAGUGCAGUGAUACCUUUCCAGACUUCUGAGAAGUUGCCUUUUCUCCUUAUUUUGAAGGAUUUUGUUGAAGCUGUUCUGUUGAUCUAAAAUGACCUUACCUUUUAAUUUCUGUGUAAGUGCGGAUGCAGUAGAGUUGGAGCUGUGAUGGCCUUAUAGAGACGCUGUUACGAAGUCGAUAUGAGUCAGGGACGGACUUUAAAGGCAGAGGUGCACAAAAACCACACAAGACUUUAGCCUCCAUUCUGUGGAUCCAAAUGUACAUAGAACGCUUAAGAUAUCCUACACAUCCAUUUGUGCAAUUUCAAUGUGACUGUAGUUUCUUUUUUUUUUUUUUUAAAGUUUGUGUUAAAUGUGGUGAUACUUAUUUAUGAUAUGUUUCUUAUUUAUGAUGGAAUUUAAAAUGUUGGAUUUUGCACUAUUGCC